AAGCGGAUGACACUGACACGUGAGAGACCUUGCUUGGGUUGCUCUUGGAAACCUUUCAAAGCCUGGGCUCGGUACACAGGUUCCACCCACCCAUGAUUCUUCUAUGGAUCACUGUGGACUCUAGAGCAAGACCGAGAAACUUCCUGAAAGAGCGGAAGCACGAGUUCUCUGUGGACAUGACUUGCGAAGGCUGUGCGGAGGCGGUGUCCCGUGUCCUCAACAAGCUGGGAGGAGUUCAGUUCAGCGUUGACCUGCCCAGCAAGAAGGUCUGCAUCGACUCUGAGCACAGCGUGGACACCCUGCUGGCGACCCUGAAUAAGACAGGCAAGGCCGUGUCCUAUGUGGGCCCCAAGUAGCCCCCCACGUGGGCUGAAGCGCAAGACCAGGUGAGGCUCCCGUCCCUCAG